CGCCGACCAAACCCCAACUAUCCCACUCGCCCCCGCGCGCGCACGCCGCACUUGAAAAAACAACAAUAACAACACGUCAAAUCGGCGCACGAAAUGGUCACUCCGAUGACUCGCGCCCGCGCCCGCGCCCGCGCCGUGCGGCUGGCCGUGUCGGAGAUCCCUCUCGCCGUGCGGCGAUCGGCGAGGCAGCAGCAGCAGCCGCCUGAGCCAGCCGCAGACGUGCCGGACCAUUUCUUGUGCCCGAUCUCGCUGGACAUGAUGAGGGACCCCGUGACGGCGCCGACGGGGAUCACGUACGACCGGGACGGGGUGGAGGUGUGGCUGGAGCGCGGGCGGCCGACGUGCCCCGUCACCGGCCGCCCGCUGCGGCCGGAGGAGCUGGUGCCGAACCAUGCCACGCGGAGGAUGAUCCAGGAGUGGUGCGUCGCGAACCGGGCCCUCGGGGUGGAGCGCGUGCCCACGCCGCGGGUGCCCGUUUCCGCCGCCGACGCGCGCGAGAUCCUCGAGGGCGUCGCCGCGGCGGCGCGGCGAGGGGACGCGGCGGCGUGCGGGAGGAUGGUGGCCAGGGCUAGGGCGCUCGGGAAGGAGAGCGAGCGGAAUCGCCGGUGCUUGGCGUCCGCCGGCGCCGAGCGCGCGCUCGCGCUCGCGUUCUCUCGUCUCGCCGCGGCGUCCACCGACCAGCAGGCGGAGGCGCGCGCCUGCGCCCUCGAGGAGAUCUUGGCCGCGCUGGUCGUCUUCUUCCCGCUCGACGAGGAGUCCAGGCGCUGCAUUGCCUCCCCGCCGUCGCUGGACGCCCUCGUCUCGAUCCUCUCUCACGGCGAGCAGGUCACGCGUGUCAGCGCCGUCGUUGUGCUCCGGGAGAUCGCCUCGUCGUGCGACAACCAGUGCCUCGAGGCAAUGUCCAAGGCGAACGCCAUGUACGACGCGCUCGUCAACCUCGUCGCGAAGCCGGUCUCGCCGCAGGCCACGAAGGCCGCGCUGGUCACCGCCUACUACCUCGUCAAGAACGACAUCGAGCACGCCGCCUCCCGCCUCGUCGACCUCGGCACGGUGGAGCUCCUCGUCGAGCUCCUGGCCGACGCCGACAAGGGCACGACGGAGAAGGCGCUCGCGGUGCUCGACACCGUCCUCGUCGCGGCCAAGGCCCGCGACAGGGCGUACGCGCACGCGCUGGCCGUGCCGGUGCUCGCCAAGAAGACGAUGCACGUGUCCGACAUGGCGACGGAGUUCGCCGUGUCGGCGCUGUGGCGGCUGUGCAAGAACUCGCCGGCGGACGGCGGGUGCAAGGCCGAGGCGCUGCAGGUCGGCGCGUUCCAGAAGCUUCUGCUGCUGCUCCAGCUCGGCUGCGACGGCGUCACCAAGGAGCGCGCCAGCGAGCUGCUCAGGCUUCUCAACGCGUCGCGAGACAGCACCGAGUGCAUCGAGACGGCAGAUUUCAAGGGGCUGAAGAGACCCUUCAUUUGAGUGUGCAGAGAGAUCGAUUAAUUAGCUAGGUCAAGAACACAAUCAAAGAUGUGGAUACUAAGAUGCACAUACAAUUAGGUUUAGAUAUCAUCCUUCAUUUGAAAAUGAGUACAGACCGUAUUUGGCAGUGGUACAAAUACAUGCCAGAAUUAACUGAGAAAAUUAUGGCUCCAUCUCCAAGAUGAUGAAAA